ACAAACCCUAGCGAUAUGGAAGGGGAAGGCCCUGGGAAACUGUUUGAGAUUGCUUCUCCGUAGAUUCAGCCACAUUGCGUAAGAGGGUGGAGCUUGUUCUGUGUGUAGUCCAAGAUGGCCGCUGCUACAGGGCUGGUCAGGGUUUGGAGACAGAGGCUAAAUCUGGGAGUUGCUGCCCGCAGGAGCUUCUGGGGGAAUUGGAGGAAGAAGCAGGAAGAAGCAGAGGCAAUAGAACCACCUGUUCCAGUGGAAAAGCAACCAGUUCUGGUUUGCCCUCCACCUCGGAGCAGAAAAUACCUUCCACCUAAGGAUCUUCAGAGUCGCUUAGAGGCUCGUGUCAGAGAGAUAUUUGGAUCCUCCAUUUCCAAGGAGUGGCAACAGGUGUCUCUGGGAGAAAGCAAGCUAAAGUAUUGUUUGUUGGCGCAGUUGGCUGAAGAUCUGGGCCAUGCUGUCCCUAAUUCCCGUCUCCAUCAGAUGAAGAAUGCUAGUGAUGUUUUGGCUUUUUACAGCAUACCUGUGAAAGACGUCUCCAAGUUUGAUGAACUAAGCACACAGGAGCUUCCCCCGAACCUGAGAAUCCGCUGGCAGUACUGAGCCAUUUUAGAGGGAAAGGAGAGUUCCUUCUAGAGGAAUGCCUGAAAGCACACCAUUGAGAACUCUCAUCUUUGCAAAAACUUCUUUCAAAAAGUAUCGCUGCUGGCAGUAGGCUUUGUUCUUCAACUCCAGUACUUUGUGGUUGGUGAGAGGAAUAAUUUGAGUACAUUUCUUAGAGGCUGGUCAUUGUUGAAUAGAAAAGGUGGCAACUGGAAUAAAAUGCUGUGCCAUAAAUGAGCCUUAACUUGG